UUACUUUCUCGGUUUAUCCUCCUUUCCCUCCUAGCGGGGGACUUGGCACACCCCGUGUGCUCGGGAUUUGGAAGAGGAGUUCGUUAUCUGUCAGGCAGGUUAACAGCAAGGGCCCCGGUGUCAGACACGCCUGGGUUCUAGUCCCCGUGUCCCUGCUUGGCAGUUGUGCGUCCUUGACCGUCUCUGUGCCUCGUCUCUAAGUAGGAGUACUGGUGAUCCCGGGCUGUUACGGAAGCUGAUUGUGGUGCGCCGCUAAGUACGCGCGAGCUACUGCCAUUGUUGGGGUAACUUUCCUGCAAGGCUCAAGGAGGUGCCUUAAGGAGAUGGCAGAUGAUCAGGGCUGUGUCAUGGACCAGGGAGCUGGAGAUUCCUCAGAGAAUGACACAACCGAUGCCAAGCCAGACCGGUCUUCCUUCAUCUCAUCAAUCUGCAAGAUGAAGAAGAAAAAUGGCACAGAGUGCUCGAUCAAGACCAUCCGGAACCAAGAGACUGAGCCUGAAUUUCGGUAUAGCAUGGAGUUUGAGAAGGUGGGCAAAUGCAUCAUAAUAAACAACAAGAACUUCAGUGAAAUGACAGGGAUGGGCACCAGGAACGGGACGGACAGAGAUGCUGAGGCCCUCUUCAAGUGCUUCCAAAGGCUGGGUUUCCAAGUGGUCGUCUAUAAUGACUGCUCCUGUGCGAAGAUGCAGGACCUGCUUAAACAAGCUGCUGAAGAGGACCAUACAAAAUCAGCCUGCUUCGCCUGCAUCUUACUGAGCCACGGAGAAGAAAACUUAAUUUAUGGAACAGAUGGAAUAACACCAAUAAAGGAUUUGACUGCCUGUUUUAGGGGUGAUAGAUGCAAAACCCUUUUAGAGAAACCCAAACUCUUCUUCAUUCAGGCUUGCCGCGGGACAGAGUUAGAUGAUGGGAUCCAGGCUGACUCAGGGUCUGUCAAUGACAUGGAUGCUAACCCCCGAUACAAGAUUCCCGUUGAAGCUGACUUUCUCUUCGCUUAUUCCACGGUUCCAGGCUAUUAUUCAUGGCGGAACCCAGGAAGAGGCUCCUGGUUUGUGCAGGCCCUCUGCUCCAUCCUGAACGAGCACGGGAAGCGCCUGGAGAUCAUGCAGAUCCUCACCAGGGUGAACUGCAUGGUGGCCAGGCACUUUGAAUCGCAGUCUGAUGACCCACACUUCCAUGAGAAGAAGCAGAUCCCAUGUGUGGUCUCAAUGCUCACCAAGGAACUCUACUUCUGAAAAAGAACCAUCCCGUUGGUGCCUCCUAGCUGGGAAGCUAUGAAUCAUUUGCCAAUGAAUCUUUUUUUUUUUUCCUGAGGCUCUUGAAAUAUCUGGGACUUCUAGAGGAUUUUAAUUUCAGGAAAAUUCAUUGAUCCAGCAGGGAAGGAACUUUCUGGUGCUGUCUCAUGUUGCUCUGAAUUUUGAAUAUUUUUUUUUUUUACAAUGUUAUUCAUUUGACAACUUUGUAACUUUCUCUUAAGAUUAAUUUCCUGUUUGUGUUUCUUUCAUUUUGUUAUUGCACUUAGUAUGUACAACAAAAACAACCUCCUGAGCUGACUCUUGACUGUGUCUGCUGCGAUUGGUGGUGACAUUGGUAGAAAGUCCGAGUCAUAUUUGCACCUGGCAAAGAGGAUCCCAGUGCUUGGCAAAACCAACAGUUGAGAGAAUAUUCAUUCACCAGUACUGCAGAAAAUGGGUAUUGGGUGUGGUUUGAAUGAUUUUUUAUUGGCUUAGGACAGAUUCUCAUGCAAAAAUGCCCUGAUGCAUUAGAAGAAAAAAAAGUCAGUGCAUCUAAUGUAUAUCAGUCAGGAUCCAGUUAGGAAAACAAACCAUUCUAGGUAUUUCAACAGAGGGAAAGUACUACAGGAAUUGGUUUACAAAGGUGGUGAAAGAGAAGCCAAGCAGCAAGAAGCUGUUACCACACCUUCAGCUAUAAAGAUAAUGGGAGGAGGUAUGACUCCCAGAGUCCAAAGCUGGGCUGUCCGCAGAAACUAGAAUUAUGGUGGGAGCUGGGACCAUGAAUGGAGUGUGGCACAUGGUGCCAUGGCAAGGGCAGAGCCACUGCCUGAGAUGGAGGCAAUGCCAGAAGCCAAGUCAGAUAUAGAAAGACCUCCUGGCUUUCUGGCUUUGUCUCUCUUCUGCCCUCUAAUCUUGCACCAGUACCUUACCAUUCCAACCCUAUCUGGAAACCAGCUGGCAUGCCUCUAGAUAUGUGAGUUCCUGCAGUACAGAGCAGAGCAAGCAAUAGCAAGGCAAGGGAAGAGCAAGAAAUGGAUGUAAGCCUGGCAUAUAAUGUGAAUAUAAGUAAUCAUACAUCCUAAUGUUCAGCAAUUCAUCCUUUCAAUCAUUUACUCAAUGAAUUGUCAGGUAUCUAUGUAUUGCUCACUAUAUACAAAAUCUGUUUUAGCAUUAAAAUUUACCUUGGGAUUUUUUAGAUGACUCCAAGCCUUAUUCUGAGUAAAUUUUUGUUACCUCUGAUUCUAUAAGUGGGGAACAGUUAAUGGCAAAAAUUUUUGCACUUUGUUUCCAAGGUGGUGUUAUAUUUUGAAUUAUUGAUAAAUUACUAUUUUAUUCUACCUAAUAAUUGGUUAA